ACCCUGGACUGGGCUGAGGACAGAGCCCACCAGGACGUCCACUUCAUCUUUCCCUUCAGCUUCAGGGAACUGAACGUGGUGAAAGAGAAGAAGUUCAGCCUGAUGGAACUGAUCCAUCACUUCUUCACUGAAACCAAAGACACCGGGAUCUGCAGCUUUGACCAGUUUAAGGUGAUUUUCAUCUUUGAUGGUCUGGAUGAGUGUCGACUUCCUCUGGACCUCCACGGGACUGAGGUCCUGACGGAUGUCACAGAGUCCACCUCAGUGCAGGUCCUGCUGACCAACCUCAUCAGAGGAAACCUGCUUCCUUCUGCUCGUCUCUGGAUCACCUCCAGACCUGCAGCGGCCGAUCAGAUCCCUCUAGACCUGGUUGACGUGGUGACCGAGGUCAGAGGGUUCACGGAUGUUCAGAAAGAGGAGUACUUUAGAAGGAGGUUCAGGGAUGAGGAGCAGGCCAACAAGAUCAUCUCCCACAUCCAGGCUUCUAGAAGCCUCCACAUCAUGUGUCACAUCCCGGUCUUCUGCUGGAUCACU